UUUACACACUAGUCUAGCCAUUAGUAAAUCAAAGAACCAAACAAUGUAACUAUACACUAAAUAUUCCUGAGUACUUAUACCAUAUAUCCGGAUGUACGGCCGUUUCAAACGAACAGGCGGGUUAACCUUAGAACCCCAAGACUUAACUUGUGUGCUCCGGCAAAUCUUCCAACCAGGAAACCAAUCCAGAGGGCUUCUCCGGCGUUCCGGCAGUGAAGACGAAGGAUAAGCUAUGAGGGAGAGAAGCUUACUGUUGAUUCUGAGGCAAAACAGAGCCUUGGGCUCCAAGAUUCCGACGAAUCUCAGCAGGCGAGUGAACCCGACCUCGGCCCAACAACCCUCGGAAAGUUACAGGCUUUUCUCUUCCAUUGCAAAGCUUUCUCCUUCAAGCAGAAGAAGCUCGAUUGCCAGAACCUUUGUCAGUUACGGAUUCAGAUCCUUUCAUCAGCUCAAUUUCAAGGGUUACAGAUCAUCGUUUAGAUAUUUUUCCACAUCUACUGCCGCUGAAACAAAGGAGGGGUUGAAACUUCUAGUAACUGCAGGGCCGCAUGCUCAGAAAAUGAUUGGAAUAUGGCUUUUUGCUUCCGCUGCCUGGGUUUUUAGUAUGGUGGUGCUCGGGGGUAUCACACGUCUCACUCGUUCUGGCCUUUCCAUGACUGACUGGAAAUUCACUGGGAGUUUACCUCCUCUUUCGGAUGAAGAUUGGAUGGUUGAAUUUGAGAAAUACAAGGCAUCCCCAGAGUACAAGCGUGUGAACAUGGGAAUUACGAUUGAAGAUUUCAAGUUCAUAUAUUGGAUGGAAUAUGCACAUCGAAUGUGGGGAAGGGCAUUGGGUAUAAUGUUUGCUCUUCCUUUCUCAUACUUCCUCCGCAAGGGAUAUAUUACCAUGCGAUUAGGAAUUCGUCUCUCUGCCCUAUUUGCCCUUGGUGCCGGGCAAGGACUCAUUGGUUGGUGGAUGGUUAAAAGUGGUUUGGAGGAGCCACCAUCAGAGUAUGUUAUACCAAGGGUGAGCCCAUACCGUCUUGCAGCUCAUCUUACCUCAGCCUUUGCCAUUUAUUCUGGCCUUUUUUGGACUGGUCUCUCUGUUGUUAUGCCUGAACCUCCUGCUGAGUCACUUGCUUGGGUACACGGAGCAGCAAAAGUAAAGCGACUUGCACUUCCUGUUGGCAUCCUUGUUGGACUUACAGCUAUCUCCGGAGCAUUUGUUGCUGGAAAUGAUGCUGGCCAUGCAUUUAAUACUUUUCCAAAAAUGGGAGACACUUGGAUUCCAGAAAAUGUUUUGAGUAUGAAGCCGCUCAUUCACAACUUCUUUGAAAAUACGGCAACAGUCCAGCUUGAUCAUCGCAUACUUGCAACUGCAACAUUAGCUUCCAUUGGUGGGCUAUGGUGGGCAACAAGGAAACUGGAAAUUCACCCUGCAGUACGUUCUUUAAUUGGAAGCACUUUGGGCAUGGCUGCUCUACAGGUGAGCUUGGGCAUAUCGACGCUUCUUGCGUACGUGCCUGUUUCAUUAGGAACAGCACACCAAGCUGGGGCUCUAACGCUCUUAACACUCAUGAUUCUUCUCAACCACACCGUGAGGCGCCCUUCUCUCAAUCUUCUCAAGUCAUUGCCCGCAACAGCAGGAACAAGAACAGUCUCAUAAAUCAAAUUCUCCCGGGUUGUCAAAUUUUGAGAUUUUAAAUCAAUAAUCCAAGAUUGCAUGUUCAUCACAUGUUCUUCCAGUUUUAAGUGUUUUUAUACUAAUACUCCAUUCAAGAAUCUCAUUUUACAUGGACUCCUGCAUCUUUUCAGGAGUAUAUGUGAUCGACCGAUUUGUAAUCGUGGAGUAUUAUUAUAUAAAUAUAUAAAUUUUGGGAAAUUGUGAUCUUGGAAUAUUUAUGUGAAAUCUCAAAAUUUUAGGAGUAUUGACAUGAAUUUUCAUUGAUUUUUUUGUGGUAAAGUAAUGGUUUUGGUAAACAAUGCCUCCUAUUCUUUUAGGAUACCUCUGCAUUCUUGAAAGGCGGCAUGUAAAUUCUUAUAUGGAUCUAAGAUCCAUAUGUGAAAUUUUAAUAUUCUUGCAUGAGCAAUAAAUUAUUGUAAAGAUA